ACGUUUGGGUGACAUGUAAAUAAACCCAAAAGGUUAUGUUAUGAUUUUUUUUGGUUUAAACAAAAGUGGAAAUAUUUUAAUUAUUUUGAUGAAAAUUAGGUAAGGUUUCGAUUUAUAAAAUUGGGACAAUGAACUCAUAUUUAAAGCGCAAGAUUGAUGACAAUGAUAUGGAGGCCAAAAAACCAAAGAGAGAAGAAUGUCCCCAUAAGGAGAGAUGUUACAGGAGGAACCCACAUCAUUUUAAGGAAUUUGAACAUCCUUUUUUAAUGAAAUUGAUAGAUAUGGGAGAUGCACUUGAAAUCCCAGAAAACAUGCCUCAACCCAAGCAAGUUUACUUAGAACAAUUAGAUAUCUUAAAACCAAUAGUGGCAUCCCAAAAAUCAAAAAAUCUUGAGGUUAAACUGAAAGAAGAGGCUACAUCUAGCCAGACAAAACCCAAAACUAAUAAACAACAAAAAGUAGAAAAAGAUUCCACUGAUGGUCCAAGUAAUAGCAAAUCUCCCUCAAAGUCUGCUUCAAAAGUUUCUAGAAAAGGCAAAAAUACCAUAUUUAAUUCAGAAAAUGUUUCAGAAAAUAAUACAAAGUGUGAGUCUGGAACAAUGCUUGAAAAAAUGCAGAAAACUGCUCCCUAUAACUUGUUUUUUACAACAAUACCCAAAAGUCCUGAAACAUCUAAAGAAGAUAACUGUAUAACAUUCACUGACCUCUUAUGUCCUAGCCUAGGAACAUUGAAAUCAUCUCUGCAGAUAAAUUUCAUGAUAGAUAUUGACUGGCUUCUAAAACAGUACAAAGCAAGAAACCUACAUCAAAAACCGUUAACAAUUUUAUAUGGAGACGAUUGGCCUGAUAUGGUAGAAUUUAUGAAUAGAUUCUGUCCAAAUGUUAAAUAUCAUUUUGUAAAAAUGAAAGACCCAUUUGGUUGCCAUCAUUCGAAAAUUGGCAUUUAUGCUUAUGAGGAUGAUUCGAUUAGAAUAGUUAUUUCUACAGCAAAUUUAUAUUAUGAAGAUUGGAACCACUACAACCAAGGCUUGUGGGUUAGUCCGAAAUUAAGAAAACUCCCAGAGGGAAGUACAAUAAAAGAUGGAGAGUCACCAACUGGCUUUAAAUCUGAUUUUUUAAAUUACUUAACUAGUUAUAAUGUGGCAGUUUUAAAGGAAUGGAUUGACUGUGUAAAAACUGCAGAUUUCAGUGAAGUUAAGGUAGCCUUUGUAUAUUCUGCCCCUGGAAAACAUUAUCCGAAAACAAACGGAAAUCAUUUACAUAAAGUGGCAGAGUUGUUAAGCCAAUAUUGUGUUUUACCUGAAAAAACCACGCCACAAAGUGAGGGACCUUUGUCUUGGGGUAUUAUAGCCCAAGCUUCCAGCAUAGGAUCUAUGGGAAAAACUGCCGCAGAAUGGCUCCGUGGUUGCGUGUUAAGAAGCUUAGCUAGCCACAAAAAAAGUCCAAAACCAAAUAAUUCCCAAGCCACCAUAAGCUUAGUGUAUCCCAGUGUAGACAAUGUUGCCCAUGGUUACUUUGGUCUGCAAAGUGGAGGUUGUUUGCCUUAUUCGAAGGCUACCAAUGAGAAACAAAGAUGGCUUCAAACUUAUAUGCACCAAUGGAUCGCUGAUGGUAAACGUAGGACCAGAGCAAUGCCCCACAUCAAAUCAUAUUGUCGGAUUUCACCGGGUUUAAAUAAACUGGCAUACUUUCUAUUAACCAGUGCCAACCUGUCCAAAUCGGCGUGGGGAAACAAUAUACAAAAAGAUGGCGGCAGCUACAUCAGGUCAUACGAAGCUGGUGUGAUGUUUUUACCUAGUUUUUUUAACGAGGACUUUUUCGAAAUUCAAAACACUAGUGAUAAUAAGAAUAAGAAGCUGUUUCCCUUUAUGUUUGAUUUGCCUCUAACACCGUACAAGAAAGAUGAUUAUCCUUGGUGUAAUUAGAACGUUCUUUUUUUUGUGAUUUUAUUUAUUAUAUACACCACGUUUAAAAUAAAGUAUUUUUUUUUA